GUGGGGGGGGGGGGCGCUGUGCAUUCUGGGAACAACACAACGACUUCAAGAUGGCGGCGAGCAGAAGGCUGGCCAAGGAACUUGAAGAGAUUCGGAGAUCUGGGAUGAAGAACUUCAGAAACAUUCAAGUUGAGGAAUCAAACCUAUUGUCAUGGCAAGGGCUUAUUGUUCCUGACAAUCCACCGUAUGACAAAGGUGCAUUCAGGAUUGAAAUAAUUUUUCCAACCGAGUACCCAUUCAAGCCUCCCAAAAUCACAUUCAAGACAAAGAUCUAUCACCCCAACAUCGAUGAGAAAGGUCAGGUGUGCUUGCCUGUGAUUAGUGCUGAGAACUGGAAACCCGCUACCAAAACUGACCAAGUAAUUCAGUCCCUCAUUGCACUGGUGAAUGAUCCUCAGCCAGAACAUCCUCUGAGGGCAGACUUAGCAGAAGAGUACUCAAAGGACCGUAAAAAAUUCUUGAAGAAUGCUGAAGAAUUUACAAAGAAACACGGAGAAAAAAGGCCCCUGGACUAAAAAGUGACAAGCACAUAGCCGUUUCUUCUUCUUUUCUCCUUUUCUCUGCCUGACAGGUUAUCUAUCCUAUUUGCUGUACCAUACCUCUAACCACAUUGCUUGUUCACUCUCUUCCACACCAAAUACUGCACCACUCUGCAGGCCUGGAGCUGCCAAUAUGCAGGAGGGGUGUGAUAGUGUCAUGCAUCUGUACCCAUCCAGGAUUGUCUGUUGAUCAGACAGACUCCCUUCUCUCUUCUUUUUCUGUGGAAGAUGAUAUGGUCUUUUUACUUUUAGUCUAAAUGUAAAAGUAACUCUUAGGGGAAAAUGAUGCUCAGAAUAAGUAAAGAUGAAAAAAUUCAGAGAAAUGUAUUCUUUUUCUUCCUGUUAAAAAACCCUUGAUUAUAGAUCUAUAGAUUAUAGAUCUCUUGUAUACAUUUUUGAUGAACUAAACUUUUCAUUUUGUCCCAGGAAAACAGUCAUUUUUUAAAAAAUGAAAUAAAUGUGACAAAAGAAAGUUUGAGCUUGAACACUGAAAGUGUAUUUACUGAAAUGACAACUCACAUUUUUUUAAUGUACUGUAAACUUGCAUCUGUUGGUGUCCACUAUAUAGACAGCCAUCUGUUGUCAAUGCACCGUUGCUACAUUACAGGAAACUUUACAAGACAAA